AAUUCUCCGAGGAACCGAUUAUCACAAGAAGGAAAAACUUUAAACUUCUUGUGUUUCGAGGGAAGGAAUGCCUAGCGUUAAAAGCGCCUGGAAGGAUGCUGCUUUUCGUACAAUGGAAGUAAAGAGUACUUUUGCAGUUGUUGUUUUGGUUCUAUUUAUUUGUCCUACUUUUAGCCAAAAACUCAAUCCAAAGGGCAGGAACGUAUGCAAAGCACCAGGGUCCUCAGAGUUGGUUUGCUGUAACGGAUGGGGACAGCUAGGAGAAGAGUGUUUAACACCACUGUGUGAGGGUAAUUUCACCUGUAAAGAAAAUGAGGUGUGCGUCCGACCGAACGAAUGCCGCUGUCGCCAUGGAUACUUUGGGGCCAGCUGUGACACCAAGUGCCCCACCCAGUUCUGGGGCCCGGACUGCAAAGGGAAGUGCACGUGUUUUCCCAACGGCCGAUGCGAUGACGUGACGGGCAAGUGCACGUGCAACCCCAACCGCUGGGGGGAGAACUGCGAGAGGCCGUGCACCUGCCAGCACGGCAAAUGCGACCAGGAGACGGGCAAAUGCGCGUGCCACCCGGGUUACUGGGGCCCUCAGUGCGCCACCGCCUGCUACUGCACCAUCAACUCCGUCUGCGACCAGACCACGGGACGCUGCAUCUGCAACCCGGGCUGGUACGGCCGCAGCUGCGGGAUGCAGUGCUCCUGCAACAACUCGCCCUGCGAGCAGUUUUCGGGGCGAUGCCAGUGUCGUAACGGGCGUUGGGGCCAGCGGUGUGAGGGACAGUGCCAGUGCAGUCACGGGAAAUGCAACCAGGCCAACGGGUCUUGCACCUGCUUCCCCGGUUACCGGGGCAAGUUCUGCAGGGAACCGUGUCCGGCUGGGUUCUACGGACAGAACUGCAGGAGGAAGUGUGGACAUUGUAAAGGUCAGCAGCCCUGUAAGGUCACUGAGGGUCGCUGCGUGACCUGCGAAAGAGGCUGGAACGGUACAAAGUGCGACAAGAUUUGUGACCCAGGCUUCUUUGGGGAGAACUGCCAAGAGCAAUGUCCGCCAUGUAAAGACGGACACCCUUGCAAUCAUACGGAUGGAAGAUGCAGUCACUGCAAUCCCGGCUGGAUCGGAGAUCACUGCGAGAUGCGCUGUCCCAACGGCACGUAUGGAGAGAACUGUGACAACAACUGCAGCCACUGUUUAAACGGCAACUGUCACUUCGUGACUGGAGAGUGUUUGUGUGACCCUGGAUUUUACGGCACCUAUUGUAAUCUUACCUGUGAAUUUGGUCAGUUUGGGGUGAACUGUGCCCAGACAUGUCCAUGCCACGACCUGAACUGUGACCCAGUUUCUGGAGCCUGUCACUUACAACCCAAUCAGCGAGUGGGAGUCAUUGCGGCGGGGACCCUGGUGUCAUUCCUGCUUCUCCUGCUCCUUUUCCUGCUCUGCUGCUGCAGCUUUUGCCACGGCAAAGACGAAAACAACCCGGACCACGAUAAUGCCACCAACCGCAAAAAAGCCAAGAGAAUCUUGUGUGGGCGAUUCAGCAGAAUUAGCACCAAACUGCCUCGUAUUCCUCUCAGGAGACAGAAACUUCCCAAAGUUGUUGUGGCCCACCACGACCCCGAAAACACCUUUAACUGCAGUUUCAUCGAACCCCCGUCUGCAGUGGAGCAGCCCUCCCCAUCCUGGUCCUCGCAGGAGUCCUUCUCCUCUUUCGAAGCAAGCGAAGAAGGCCCCGUUUACUGCGUGCCCACUGAAGACACAGUGGGAGAGACCAAUGAAAAAAAUGUUGGAGAGGGCCAUAAUAAUACAGUUUCAGAGGAGACAGCAGCGCCUGGAGAGAAUGAUGCUGGAGAAUACACAUCGCUCAAAGACACCCGGGCCACCAAACCAUCUGUGGAUGGAAGUGACCAACCUCUACUGAAGUCUUCCGAUAGCGACGGUUCCACCAGUGGCUCUGAGUCUCUCUACGCCCGCAUUGCCCGCAUCUCGAAGCAUUCCAAAGAAGAGGAGGACUCAGGGGCUAGCGAGAUGAAAGCUAACGGCAAAGCCCCAUCUCUGGAGAGGACCAAGCCACGCCCACCAGAUCCAUCUACCAAGCCUAAGGUAUCAUGGAUCCAUGGUACAGCUGGAGCGAACCAAUCAGAGAAGGGCCAGGCUCCAACGCCUCCUAAGGAGAAAAAGAGGACUUCCGUGGAAGGUUCUGGAAAAGGUGAGGAGAAGCAGAGAACAAAGGACAAAUCUGGCAAGAACCGAGAUCAGAAGAACCAGGAUGGUAAGAAAGAGGAUUCAAACGACUCUCCGAGUAAGCACAAGCCCCGCAAACUCAGAGAGGACCCCAUAGAACAUAUCAACGGAGCAGUGCAGAACGCCUUGAAGAAGAUCGGGAACUUCCACUCCGAGAAGAAAGGGAGUGACACGCCCAAAGAGCCUCCUAAAAGCCCGAAGAUCAUGCACCCGCACAUGAACUCGGAGGCAGCCACUCUCCUGGCAGCACAGCUGAAGGAGAAGACCCAAAGUCUCAACAGGAACGAUGGGUCUGGGAUGAAACCCAACGGCCUCUCCACCCCUCAAGCCAGCCGAGAAAAACCCACCCCACCUCAAAAGGCCAAAAGGUCCGUGGCAGGGAUCCACCAGGGUUCUAAUAAACCUUUGUUGCCCACCUCAAGCAACUUGCAGAAAAUGGUUGCUCCGGUUACGGACAACCUGUCCACUGAGCUCAAGAGCCCAGAGCGGCAGGAGAUAAACGGUUCGAAGAGUGUAGAUGGAGGGGAACCAACGCCCAAAAAAACACCUAUCAAAAAGCCACCUAGAAAGAAAUGCAAGGAAGGCACGGCGGAAACUGAAAUUAAGACCACUCCAAAGACUGCCAUUAUGCCACCUCAGAUCGUCAAGUAG